AUUGCUGAAUGAACUUGUGGUAUUCGAUGUUUGUUUCAUCAACCGUCGAGAAUUCCAUUAACAUYGGUUAGUAUAGAGAUAAACAGGAACAAUUCUAUUAAAAGGGUUGAUGCACAAGUUAGGCUUCAUUAAGUAAUAAGUCGAAAUCAACGAUAACAUGGGGUUCGGCGAUGACUACUGUAAACACGUCUGGGCUCCCUUUGGUUUAUCGAUCACAACUUCAGUGAUCACCAGUCUUCUCACCGUCAUCACACUACCUGGCAACCUACUCAUUUGCAUAGCGAUAUUAAGAGACCCAAAUAAGGAACUAAGAACAACGUUCAAUUAUUUAUUGGAAGCCUUGGGUUAUACCGUGAUCACGUGGUACGCAUUACCUCACAUGUCGUUCUUUAUCGGAUGUACAGCUUCGCUUCUAAGUAUCGCCAUGUUAGCCAUGGAACGUUCGAUUGCAGUUAACGCCAACUACCACAGAAAACUUCCAAGAAAACGAGCAGUUAACAUGUCCGUCGCAAUCUGGAUCUUCUCUUUUACAUUUCCUUGUAUCUACUUCCAAAUUGGUUAUUUCAAAUUCGCUUUCAUCUUUGCAAUCUUAAUGAUCAUUGUCACAUUCGUUGCUAUGGUGAUAGCCUUCAUACGUAUCCAUUGCAGCAUAAGGAGCACGACAGCCAGAGUCUUAACUGUUCAGCCCAUGGGAUCUGCUAACGAAAAGACUUCACAAAUACAACUAAAACGUGCCGAGAGAGAGCGGCGAGUGACUAUAAUAUUUACAGCUAUUCUUAUCUUCUACACGAUAUGCAACUUACCCGCAUUUGUGUUCAUCUUUGUCGUCAACUUUUGCUCAAGCUGCAGUUGUAAUUUUAUCCACUGGUCACGUGACCUCCUUCUCUUGUGCGUAUUGGUCAACUGUUCGGACAACCAGUUUCUUUAUGCUUGGAGAAUGAAGAGUUUUACGAGGGCUUUCCGUUCGUUAGUGCAUCUACCGCUGACCGACGAAGCAUCAGUGAUCCAAACACAAGAUACGCGUGACAAACAAUGAUCAAUAGCUACUCAUUCAAAGUUUGGCACGCACAAUACUCAAUGUAAAACUUAUAAAACUGAUAAUAAUGAACGAUAAAUAAAUGACGCAUGCGUUGUUAGGUCCUGAAACCCGAUUCUCAAGGACGUGAGAGUGACACGAGUGAAAAACGUCUGCGCAUGCUCUGAAUCCGUAUGCAAAUUAGUCAAAACAUAAGUAAAUUUGACUUACAAACAUGCCUGAUAAAUUGGACUUCACAA